CACAAAACCCUGCCAUAAAAAGUUUCCCAAUAAAUGUGCAAGGAGAUCUCGAUCAUCAGCUGCCAGACAAAACAUUGGGAUUAAGGAUGAGAGCAAUGAAAUAAUGUUCAGAGAUGAAGAUAUUAAGCAACUGGAGAACAUACAUGAGCUCGUGCGAGGGCCAAAUUACGUUGAAGUGAUUUGUGGUUGCACAAGCAAGAAAUAUGGGGAUCAAGUCGGCAAGCUUAAGAUUUCUUCUACCGGCCAAUUCCAAAUAAAUUGUGAAUGCUCUGCACCUUCAACCUGCGAGGAAGUGGGGGUGUUAGAAGAAAUUGGCAAAUUGACACCAGAGGAAUUCGAGAAGCAUUCAAGGGAGAAAGAGGGGGGACCUAGAAAGUGGAAGAGCAAUAUUUGGGUAACAAUCAAGGGCAAGAAAGUCCCACUUUGGAAAUCAGGGCUGAUGAGAUAUUACAAGCAUGCCUCCAAUGAAGGCAAAUUGGGUUCAAGCAGUCGGCGUAGAGGGACUUUUCACAGGGAUGAAUUUCUACUUUGCUCCAAGUGUAAGAAAGAACGCAGGUUUCGCCUGCGAACGAAACAAGAGUGCAAAGCCUUCCAUUAUGCCUCCAUGAAUAACAAGUGGAAAUGCUCUGAUCAUCCAUACGACAAAAUAAAAUGUGGUGAUGAAGAAGAAAGAGCAAGUCGAAAAAGCUGUAGGGGUUGUCCUCGUACAUCAACAUGCAAGGGUUGCACAUGUUGUGUGUGUCUUGGGUGCCUCAGAUGCCGCUACUUGGACUGCAACUGCCGCACCUGUGUUGAUUUCAUGCAGAAUGCCCAACCAUGAGCCCCUCUCAAUCUCAUCUCAUCCCUCCGUGUUCAAGAUUUUGUGAGUUUUAUUCGAGUAGUAAUUUUGGAUCUUCUAAAAUUUCCUUGGAUUUCAGAAAAA